CAACUAGAUCAGAUUUGCACAGCUGUUCUGCACAGAAGAUUCUGUCGGUGAAACAAGCGUUCGCAAAAGCGUCAUGGCACUGUUUCCUCUGCUCAACCAGGGUUCCCGGUGUCCUUCGGACAUGGCGAGGCGCUUCUUCGACGACGACUUCGGGGGCUCUUUCCUCGACGGUGAGCUUUCUGACACGCCGUUUCAUCACCAACGCCACUAUGCCCACCCUCGUCACCACCGGCAGUCGGCCGGUAGCGUCUGCCCUGCAAUGCAGAAGUGCCCUGCAAUGCAGGGCACUUCUGUCGCCUGCACGCCGGACAAGUUCGCCAUUCGCGUGGACACCAGGCACUUCGCUCCGGAAGAAAUCACAGUGAAGACUCAAGACAACAGCGUCGUCAUUCACGGCAAGCACGAGGAGAAGUCGGACGACCGCGGCUGCUACGUGAAGCGUGAGUUCACCCGCCGCUACAUCCUGCCCGAGGACGUCGACCCCGAAACCGUGAAGUGUCACCUGCAGCCCAACGGACUGUUGGCACUCGAAGCUCCGCGCAAGAACGCCCCCAAAGAGCAGCCAAAGAACAUCCCGAUUGAAAUUAAGCACGAAAGCGCUAGCGGUGACGCUGCGAAGGAAAAGUGAAGAUUGCCGUUGUGCCUGGAACUAUAACCUCCAAGACCAGCAUCGCGAUCUCCGAGGCUACGCCUCGGACAUUCCAGCGUGUGUACUAGUUUUUUUUUUUUUUUCUUUUGUUUUCUGUGUUUCUAGUGAAGGCUGGCCUUUAAUGUGUGCCUGUAUGCGUGCUUGUAUGAGAGUUCCCGGGGUUAAUUUAAGGCACCGUUUAUGUGAUGGGUGUGUAUGCAUACACUUGUACGAUACGAGUGCUGCCGUAUAAAUAAAGGCACAAUCUUUCAUAUUC